AUGGAUGGAGCACACGGUGAAGAACUAUCAAAGAAUACACAGUUGAAGGAGCUUGGAUGGAGGCUUCUUUUACAGGAGAAUGUAGAGGAUGGACUGGUGAAUCAUUCUGAGGAUAGUUUCACUGGUUACAAAGGCUUGGCAAUGGAUGUUAUGCUUUCUCUGAGAACUGCGUGUGGGUUGGAUCUAGAGUCUUUUGGUGUUUCACUUCUGCUCUCAAUUUGUGAGGUCUACAGACCAUACGUGGAAAGUGGGCAUAUGAUCUGCUCAGGCGCGAAAAGGAGAAAUAUUACGUUGGAUGGAUUUAGUUUCUUGCUAUCAGACAAGCAUGAGUUGAAUUGA